UAUAUGUCUUGUACUGGCGACUCCAUUUUGUUACAGAGCAGUCGUCGUACAGGAGGAAGAGGUUCGCUGUUACCAGUGGAAAGAAAGGAUAUCCAACAUGUCUGACGAAGGGAAGCUGUUUGUCGGCGGGCUCAGUUUUGACACCAAUGAGGAGUCUUUGGAAGAAGCUUUCUCCAAAUACGGCACCAUUACUAAAAUUGAUGUGAUCAGGGACCGAGAGACACAGAGGUCUCGUGGAUUUGGCUUCGUGACGUUUGAAAACCCCGAAGAUGCAAAGGAUGCAAUGGAGGGGAUGAAUGGAAAGUCUGUUGACGGAAGGACAAUCCGCGUGGAUGAAGCCGGCAAGGGUGGUGGUCGCUCCGGAGGUGGAUACAGAGGCGGGGCCUCUGGAGGCCGAGGAGGUGGAUUUUUCCGUGGGGGCAGGGGGAGAGGUGGGCGUGGUUAUUCACGAGGUGGUGGUUAUGGUGGUGGAGAUAGAGGCUAUGGAGACAGGAGCUAUGGAGGAGACCGAGGGUAUGGUGGUGGAGACAGGAGCUACGGAGGUGGAUAUUCCAACCGGAGUGGGGGUGGAUAUUCUUCCGGAGGUGGUGGAGGCUAUUACAACAGAGAUAACAGGGGCCAGUCUGGAUAUGGAGAUCGCUCUGGUGGGUCUUACAGGGACAGUUACGACAGCUACGCUACUCACGAGUAAAAAUUCUUCACGAUUCAAGAUCCUCUCUUCGCUGGCUGUAUAUAAAAAGAUGCACUCUUCGAAGAUUUUUUUUUUUAUUUUUGUGUUCUGUGUGACAUGAUUGUAGUCCUUAUUCUGUGAUGAAACGAGCAUCUUUUCCUUUUAAAAAAAGCUUUGUUUGUGGUGUAGUAGUAGUUGAUGCUUCACUGAGGAUUUAUAUCCCAACUGAAGUGCCAGCAAUUCCUUUUGUAGCAUAUCAUUUGGGAUUGAUUAAAAGAUGUGAUGCUCCAAAGAGCUUUGUGUACCUUUUUAGGGCAAUGCUCAAAGUAGUUUGGGACGGCCAAUCUCUGUUAUGACCAUUUGGGCUAUGGGGUGUGACCUACUUCACUGUUUAUUCACAUGAAUUUUAAACGUAUCCUGACCUAGUCCAGCCUAACGGCUUCUGGCUUUUUUUUCUCCUCCAAGUAGCCUCGGCUAUCUAAAAGCACGUCUAGAUGCUUUGGUUCAGAUUUUUCUUCACCGAGCAAAAUCUCAAUAGAAGCUCGCCAAGCUGUGAUUUGCGCCCCUGGUUUUCUCCGCGUGAGAGCACCAGUAUUCCAGUUCAAGGUCAUGAUCUGUAUCCGAAGGUCUUGAUCUAUAGUCGAUUUAAUCUGUAGAUAUUUCAUAUCCAAAAAGUGAAUUCCUUUCAGACUGGUGAGGCUGAAACCCAGGACUUGGCCAGCUGCUCAUGAGGUGCUGGUGUCAGCAAGCUGCUGUUUGCCAGAGGUAUCCUGCUCUUUUGCAACAUUUGGCAUUUUUUUAUUUUGGUUUUUUUCCUUUAUGUGCUCUGCUGUCAUGGACUCUGAACUCAAAUAUUCAAACUUCAGAAAAAUGUUAACCAGUACUGUUCCAACUGGGAAAAGAAUUGUGCUCUUUUGUUCUGUGUAUCAACCACAUUGAAGAAAGUUCCUUUUUGUAAAAUUCCGGCUUCAUGAAGCCUAUUAAACGAUUCGUUGAAAA